UACCGGAAGGAAACUAAAGACGAAAUGGAGGUGCAUGUAUGAGCCCGUUCCAUAGUUCUUCCUGGAACAGCACAUAGUUCCAAUUUUACCGACGAAAGUACAUAGCAAUACAAACUGGCGUACAUACCAUGAAUAAAUGACGAAGAACCGCUAUGAAUGUUUAUUUGCAGUGGAAAAGGAAUGUAAAAGUAGAAAAACUGAAUCAGAAAAUAGUAGGCGCUUGCACUCAGGUGGACAGUGCUGCACUUAGGUGA